AUGAAUAUGAGUUCUGUAACGUUAUGUCCGGUCUGUUUGGACUUAAAUAUAGAACCUCAAAUACUUAAACCGUGCAAACAUCGUGUAUGUUUAAAGUGUGUAAAUAAAGCGAAGGAGAGCGAUGGGUCUUCAAAGAUAACCUUUAAAUGCCCGCAUUGCUAUGUGGAUGUUAAAAAAUAUUCAACCGAUACAUUUUUAAAGCAGCUUGUGGAUGAUGUAAAAUCAAAAACUAAUCCGUGCCACAUACAUGCAAAUCAAGUUUAUUUUAGUGUUUGCAAAAUGUGCACUGUUCCAGUAUGUCAAACAUGCGUUAUAACAAAUCACAAUGGUCAUACAUUUGCAAUUCCAGACGAUGAAAAAUAUAGGGAAAUAAUAAAAACCACUGCAAAGAAAAUAUGUGAAUCAGCAGCCUCACUAAAAAAAGAUAUAGAAAGUUUAACGAAAGAAAUUGAAAAUCUGAGAGACAUUUUAAAAAACGACACUGAAAAACAAAUGGAAUCAGUUCAAGCAAAAACCAUAGUUAUUUUAAAAUCAGUGCAAAUGGGUGAGUAUAAAAUUAAAAAGCAAAUAGAGUUAGCAGUUCAAAAGAGUGAUAGUACAUUCUCAUUCUUUUAUGAACAAUUGAAAUUAAAAUAUGAGCAAAUCAAAGACCAUGUAGAGUUGGAAAAGUCCUUGGGACAAACAGACUUUAACAUUUACCAAAUUGCAAAUUUCAUAAGUAAUAUUAGUUCCAUCGAACCAACAAUAGAUAAAUAUAAUUCCGAAAAAAAAAAAAUUAAAGACACACACCAUAAUAAACUAUAUUUUAAUAAAGAGACCGCCGAUGAAAUCACUAAACUAUUUGGUAAAUUAUUCGUAACUUAUACUUGUAAUUGUUCUAAUAAUUCUAUUGAAGAUUGUGAAUGUGCUUUAAAAGCAAUAGAAAAUUCACAAUCUGAAUCGUCAUUGGAAUCAGAAUCAUCAUUAUCGACAACACCAACAUCAACAUCAACAUUAACAUCAAUAUCAACACCAAUAUCAACACCAAUAUCAACACCAACACCAACAGCAACUACAACAUCAACACCAGAAUCUUCACCAACAUAUAUUUCUCAACAGUUACCAUCCCAAAACAUUAAACCAGUCUUACCAUCAUCUUCUCAAUCGUCCGAUUAUGAAAAACAAAAAUCAAAUAAUGUAGUUAACGAAAAAACGCAAGAACAACAACAACAACAACAACAACAACAACAACAACAACAACAACAACAACAACAACAACAACAACAACAAGAACUACAACAAGAACUACAACAAGAACAAGAACAACUACGACAUCAAGAGCAACAACAAGAACAACAACAACCCUCAAAUAUAUCCCCCAGACUACGACAUCAAGAACAACAACGACAACAAGAACAACAACGACAACAAGAACAAGAACAACAACAACAACAACAAAAACAACAACAACAACAAACCUCAAAUAUCUCCUCCAGACAAAUAAAACAAGAAAACUCACAACAUACACCACAUAAAACAACAACCGAAACAUCAAUAAUACGAAUCAAUGCUGUUUUCAAUACAAAACAACAGCAAUCUGUUGAUUCUGAAACAAAAGGUGGUGAUAAUCUUAAAACUGGAGUUGAAGCACUUGAUAAAACUCCUGGUGAAGAUGAAAUUAAUCAAUCUAUGGGCCAAAACAACCUCAAGGCUCUUAUUUCCAAAUCUCAAAUGGAAAAUCAACAUUUACCUUUAGAUGGUGAAACAAAAGGUGGUGAUAAUCUUAAAACUGGAGUUGAAGCACUUGAUAAAACUCCUGGUGAAGAUGAAAUUAAUCAAUCUAUGGGCAAAAACAACCUCAAGGCUUUUAUUUCCAGAUCUCAAAUGGAAAAUCAACAUUUACCUUUAGAUGGUGAAACAAAAGUUGAAGUAUCGGAACAAAUUGCAAAUGCUCCACGUAGACCACCAAAUUUUGAAGAUCCAGUUUGUAAAGUAAAAUCAAUUUUCUUUUUGUGUGGUAUGGAAGAUAAACUACAUCUUUCUAGAUGUGUGAAAUAUACUCCAUACAAAGAUGAAUGGUCCUUCAUGCCACCCACAAAACAUAAGCGUGCAUGUGUUGCGGAUGCUGGUGUAUUGGCAAAUGGUAUAAUCUAUAUUUUUGGUGGAAAUGAUAGUUUAGAAACCUACGAAAAGUUUAAUAUACAUACAAAUAAAUGGGAAAAUGGAGGCAGUAUUCCCAAUGGUGGAGGUUCUUCAAUGUCGGCAACCUAUGACAAGAAAAACAAUUGCAUCUAUUUAAUUGGUGGUGUUAAAUUUAAUCAAACAUCAGCCAAAAUCGAAAAGUGUACAUUUACACAAAAUGGUUCAUUACAUUUUACAACAUUGGUAUCUUUAAUUCAUCCACGUUAUUAUUGUUUCACCAUUUUACAUAAUGAUAGUUUGUAUAUUAUAGGUGGCACAAAUAAAACCAAAGAAGAAUCUUAUUUCUCAAUCAUCAACAAUAUCGAAGUUUUAGAUUUAAAAACAAACAAAAUCAAAGUACUCUACGACAAAUUAGAUAAAAGCGAAAAUAGAAUUGAAGGUGUUUGCUUUGAUGGUGAAAAUUUUUUCAUUAUAACCAUUGAUUCAUUUUUCACUUUAAAUUUAUAUAACUUUGAAAUUCAUCAUUUAGCCUAUCCACCAAUUACCACCAUGAGAUUCGGUUUUUCAAUGACAAUUGGAAAAGAUGAAUCUUAUCCACCUUCCGAACAAAAUAUUAUAUAUCUGGUUGGUGAUAGAAGCACAACUCAUUUCAAAUAUCAUAUAUCUUCAAAUACAUGGUCUGCUUCACCAUCGAGACGACCCAUAAGUUCCUACUUUCAUGCUGCGGUUGUUGAACAUGAAACUUGA